ACAUGACGAUCGAGUCUUUAAAACAGAAACCUAGUACUUUCAUGCAGAAGACGAAAGGAUUUCUGGGUUCCUUAUGUGGUAAAAUAUGGAAAGUGGGUAGAGAUGAUCCGAGAAGGGUAAUCCACGCUCUUAAAGUCGGGUUUUCUGUAACUGCAGUCUCUUUGUUGUACCUAAUGGAGCCAUUGUUCAAAGGAGUCGGAGAAAAUGCGAUUUGGGCAGUCAUGACUGUUGUCGUUGUUCUCGAAUUCACUGCUGGGGCAACUUUAUGCAAAGGAUUCAAUCGAGGGUUUGGGACGAUGUUAGCAGCAUCGUUGGCUUUCUUAUUCGAGUUUAUAGCUCGAGAAUAUGGAAAGGUUUUUCGUGCUGGUUUCAUUGGAGCUUCGAUUUUCUUGAUUGGCACAUCGACUACAUUUUUGAGAUUUUUCCCCAAAGUAAAAAAGAACUAUGACUACGGUGUAUUAGUAUUUCUGUUGACGUUUAACUUGAUUACUGUAUCGAGUUAUCGAGUGGAUGAUGUUAUGAAACUAGCCAAAGGGCGGACAUAUAUGAUCGGCAUUGGUUCUGGGAUUUGCAUUCUGAUGAGUCUCUUCAUCUUCCCAAAUUGGUCCGGAGAAGAUCUCCAUAAUCACACAGUUUCCAAAAUUGAAGGACUUGCAAAAUCAAUCGAAGCUUGUGUCACUACAUACUUCAGUGAAGAUGAACGGGAUGUAGAAAGAGAUGAGAUGAUAUCGGAGGAUCAGAUUUAUGAGAAUUAUAAGGCGGUUUUGGACUCUAAAUCGACCGAUGAAACGCUCGCGCACCAUGCAAGUUGGGAGCCUAGAUACACGUGGCAGUGCCACAAAUUUCCGGGGCAACAAUACGUGAAAAUAGGAAGCGUUCUUCGUCAUUUUGGGUACGGAGUUGUUGCUCUUCGUGGAAGUUUACAAACCGAAAUACGAACUCCAAGAUCAGUUAGAUUGCUAUUCAAGGAUCCAUGCAUUCACCUUGCAUCGGAAGUAACAAAAUCCCUAAUGGAGCUUGCCUAUAGCAUAAGAAACCGACGGCACUGCUCGCCGGAACUCCUCACCGAGCCGCUUCAACAAGCACUGCAAGACCUUGACGUUGCAUUAAAGUCACAACCACGGCUCUUUCUCGGGCCAAAUACAGCUCAAAACACACCCAAAAUGUUAGCCAUGCUUACAUCGACAGCAAGACAAAAGUAUGAACACCAUUUUUCAAGCAUAAACGCGGACCCACCUACCUCUAUUGAUAGGAAACCGAAGGGGGUUCCGGAUGGCGCAGGGAAAUUUUUAAGGCCAUCAUUAAGUAAGUUUGCGAUCACAAGCUUGGAGUUUUCCGAAGCGCUUCCAAUUGCUGCUUUUGUAUCCUUGUUGGUCGAGUUGGUUGCAAGACUUGAUCUUGUAAUUGAGGAAGUUGAAGAAUUAGGAAGGGUGGCUUGUUUUAAAGAGUUUAAACAUGGAGAUGAUGUGAUUUUAGAUGUUGAUAGGAGAAAAUCAACGGAGAUAAAUCUUACUAGUUUUGCCUCGGCGGAGUGAGUUGAUGGGCCUAAUGGUCUAUUGAAUUUUUGGUAUAAAUAUAAGUGUUAAAGUAUCCCAUAUCGACACGACACGAUCACAUAAAUAUUUAUAUGUGUUGGAGUUCCACUCUCUCCUUAAAGGCUCUUUUGGAGGGUAAAUCAAAAACUCCACAUAUAUCAUACAAUAAGAAUCUUGAAUGUUUGAUACCACCAAGGUGGUAAAGAAAAUACAAUUUUGAUCGUUUUGGUGGCUUCAAUGUGUAGAUGGAUUUGAUAUAAAUAUA